AUGAAGGCAGCUGGAAACCGUAGGAAGAAACAUGCCAGAGCACGACCCAGUCCCCUAACACAGCGGCAAGAAGCAGAGCUCUGCGUGGCAAAGCAGCACUCGUCACAGCCACACCAACGAGCUGUGCUCACAAGGCUCUUCAUCAGCCUCCGGGAAGCUGUUCUGUCCCAGUCAAACAGCUCAGCCUCAAAGUAUCAGGUUUUGUGUAAGGCUAAGAAAGCUAUCCAGAAGCUGGAGCAAACCUUGGGUUCAUUGCUGAAGAUGAAAGAGUCCUUCAGUCUGGAGGAUGGGAACCCAUCCAGCUUGGAGGAAGUCAGGGAGGAAUAUGUCAAGAGGCACUUCAGCAAUCACAGUGCUGCAUCAGCCUCAGAAGCUGUGAGUGAGAGUGACUCUGCAGUCCAGGACAUGAUCCCAGAAUGUGAAAAACCAACAAUGGAAGAGGAUGGGAAGCCAGAAUUUAUGCAGUGUGCAGACACAGCAUCCCCAGAUCUGACAGAAUUUGAGCGAUACCUGCAUUUUUAUAAGCACACAGUGGACCUGCUGAUAGAGCAUGAAAUUGUUUGCACUGAGGAGCUGCCUCUUCCUGAGGUCUCCACAGCUAUUUCCCACUUCUGGCAAGAGCUUUCUGAAGAAAGGAGAGACAGCAUCUUGCAGUAUUACAGCCUCAUGGAUCCUAAGCCUGCUUGCCAGGAGCCUGUGUGCACUGCAGGUUGGAUGAGGGACAGCAGAGGUGACAGUGAGGAAGCCAGUGGGUCCACACCAGAGGAAGUAAAGUUUGAAGAUGCAUUUGAUGUUGUUGCUGCUUUCCUUGACAGAAGCAAGACUCAGGGAGUAUCUAGCCAGAGUGCAGCACAUGCAGACUGCACUUCUGAAAAUCCAGUGGAUCACCACAGACUCAAUCUGCAGAUCACUGACUUCCUAAAGAGCCUCUUCUUUCCCAAUACACAGUUUUGCCAGGAAGAAGAUCUCCAGUUUGAUUAUGUGACUGUGAUGCUGAGAUGCACCGAGACCUUCGAUGAUGAAGAUUUCUGA